CAAAAUCUGACAACUGAGCAGGCUGUGAUACAUUUGUAAAAAAAAUAUAUGGUGUUGCUACUGUCGUUUCAUAUUUGCUUGCUUGAAUUUUCUACAAAAAUGUUUCCUAGCUACUCGAGCAAUGAUGUGGCUGCUUAUGAGGAAGUAGACGGUACUCAUCAGGGAUUUUCUGGUGAACUUACCUCCAAGCAGCGUAUUGAAGCGGAAAUGCAAUCGAUCAUCCGUUUGGCACACCAGGAGCAGGAGGCACACACCCAUCAGCAAGUGAUAAGCGCGAUGAAGAAACGCGAGGAGGAGUUGGCCAAACUCAGAGAUAUUAAGCCUUUUCCCAAAAGUCUAACCAGGACCAGUCCUAGCCACGAAGAGGAGAUAAGACUUCUGCUGGACCGAAUCUCGUCGAAGGAGGACAGUGGCAAUGAAGAUGACGAAGAUUUUUAAUGCGGCUAUUUCUAAUAAAUAAUGAAGUGGUCUAAAUGCA